AUGUCGGACCAUCGUAUCGAAGACCUUCCACUUUCUUCUUCAUCCAGAAAAAUGCCUUCUUCACGACCUCAACACCAGGAAAAGCCGGCUCAACAAGAAGGAAGACUGGCCCUCCUCCCCGUUGAAGUUCUGCUCAACAUUACAGGUGAGCCUGGGAAGGAUGAGCAGACUCUAUCGCAUAAAGACUUCAAGAGCCUCGCAUUAAGCUCUGGGGUAUUCUUUCGCGAGCUACGCCAAGCAUAUUAUUAUGCCGACAACUUUGCUGCUUUUCACUCAGCCCUCAGGCCUAUCGACGAUGUACUUGAAUGCAUUGCCAUUGGCUCUGUGUCUAUUUACAGGUGUAUCGAAACUAUCAGAUGGCUACUGAGUAAAGGAUACGAGGCAAAUGAGCAGAAGGAGCAAGUUUGGUAUAAGAACAACCAACACUGUGAUCACAUGCCUGAGCUUGUAAUUGAUCUUUUGGGCAAGACUUCUGACAAGGCUCGUGUAGAGGGGAUCUCUCUCAGAUCUUACUGUCUGAUAUCCUUCCUCGAGCUGCUUCUACAGGAGUAUCGACAUCGUGGGGCAAACGCAACAGCCGUAUAUUAUGUCUGCCCUCCUGGAUUGAGAACCUGGGUGGGCAUCUGGCACUACGGCCUGCCUUACUGGCGUCAGAGCACAAAUUUUGGCAAUGCUGCGGACAUAUUUGACAAAAAGAUUCAUCUCCUCAUUGACUACCACUUCGUUGAGUUGCAGGAGAUACAAGUCUUGCGACGACUUGUCAAAUUUCUCCGAGAAACCCCCCUGGAUUUCGACCUCAUCGAUGAAGUUCACGAUGGAAAGGAAUACUGGGAGAAGCUAUGCGCCACCCUGGGUCCUCUUAUGAAAAAUGAAGACCUUGUAAGAAAUGACUUGCGACUCGGCUGGGAUGUUCUCCCUACACCCAGGAGACUCCACCGCUUCAUCAUCGAGGCUGACUGGAACCCAUGGACAGUGUGGCACGACUACAAGAUGCAAAAUCCCAAGCACAGGGCCAAUCUCUCUCAUCCUUGGAUGAAGUUUUAUAGGUGGAGAUUAAUUCAGAGGAGAAAUGGAAUGUGGUAUGAUCCCGAGUGGCAUAUCCAAGCUGAGUUGGAAAAAGACACUGAUGCUGAGUCUGGGUUUAAACGCCCCAAACACUCGCUGCCACACUGGAACGCGGUGGACUACGAUGAGUUUGUGGCUACUGUUGAAAGACUGUGGUUAGAAGAGAACAGCCCAAACAAUGAGCAAGAACUCUAA